UGUAAACUGUGGUCGGCCACGUUGGAGCCCAGCUCGCCGUUGUUCUCAUGCGAGGACGGGCCGCCGCGCGGAUCCAAAAUGGCGCCCGGUUUCCUUCAUGCGCCGAAGGAGGUAACCGCCCACCGCGCCGCAGCCAAUCAGCGCCCGCCUUUCAUCCCGGAUGCGUUUCCGUCCUGUUCGUCCACACACACGCACUGGAGUCAAAGGCCGCUCGAAAACGUCUCGAAUGGGUUGGCGGAGAAGGAUUAAACCGAAACAAAAAUAUGAUCUUUUGAUGGCUUACGUUUGUCCAAGCGAGUCCCCCGUUACACGUACGGACUGCUAAAGGUUCGUAGCUCGCCGUGACGAUGAGAUAGCCGCGCUGUAGCCGCGUUCUCCUGGAUAUUUUAGCCUGUUUUUCUUUGGACGUCUUGUUUGUUGCUCUACACGGUUCUCUUUUUUUUUUUUUUUUUUUUUUUUUUUUUUUAAACGAGCGAUUCUGUUGAGCUGCUUUCGAGCUGCGAUGGUCGUCGCCGCGGGUUUAUGCGGAUGUCUCCGGACCAGCCUGUGCUGAAACAACAAAUGGGACCAUCCAGCAUCGGCCGAAAACAUUCAGAUAUUUGAAUUUGUGGAAAUUUCGAGGCAGAGGAUUCGGUGGACUCUGCAGCAGCAGCAGGUGUUUUUCUAGUUGGAUUUUAGCCCACUGACAUUCUCCCACAGCCAUGGAAUCGACGGUCGAUGACGAUGCAAUGGCAGCGUGAAUGAAGCUUGGCGUGGGGAGAGCUGAACGAUGCCCAAAGGUGGGGGUUCUAAAACCCCCCAGCUGGACCACUUCCCACUCAACACCGACAUGGUGGAAAAGCAGGGUGGGAAAAAGGAUAAAGUGUUGUCAAACAAGACUCCCAAAUUGGAUCGCAGCGAUGGGGUCAAAGAGAUGAAAGAAAAGGCCUCUAAGAGGAAGCUGCCGUUCACUGCUGGAGCAAAUGGAGACCAGAAAGAUUCUGACUCAGAGAAACCAGGUCCAGAGCGGAAGCGCAUUAAAAAGGAGCCCACCAACACCCGGAAGGCGGGCUUGCCGUUUGGAAUGGGGAUGCCAGGGAUCCGGGCCGGGUACCCCCUCUCUGAGCGGCAGCAGGUGGCCUUGCUCAUGCAAAUGACAGCCGAGGAGUCCGUCAACAGUCCAGACACAACACCAAAGCAUCAGUCACAGUCCAGUCUGGGUCAGAAGGGAACGCCAAACUCUGCAUCUAAAACCAAAGACAAAGUGAAUAAACGGAAUGAAAGAGGAGAGACUCGACUGCACAGAGCAGCAAUUCGGGGAGAGGUACGCCGCAUCAAGGAGCUCAUCAGUGAAGGAGCUGAUGUGAAUGUAAAAGACUUUGCAGGCUGGACUGCAUUGCAUGAGGCGUGCAACAGAGGGUAUUAUGAUGUGGCCAAGCAGCUGCUGGCAGCCGGUGCAGAGGUCAACACCAAGGGUCUGGAUGACGACACUCCUCUACACGAUGCAUCCAACAAUGGACACUUCAAGGUGGUUAAGCUACUUUUACGGUAUGGAGGGGACCCACGACAAAGCAACAGGAGAGGAGAAACGCCGCUGAAGGUUGCCAACUCUCCAACUAUGCUGAAUCUGUUGCUGGGAAAAGGCACUUACACCUCAAGUGAAGAAAGUUCAUCGGAAUCUUCAGAGGAAGAAGAUGCCCCCUCAUUCGCCCCGUCCAGCUCUGUCGAUGGCAAUAACACAGACUCAGAGUUUGAGAAGGGCCUGAAGUUAAAAGGGAAAACCGCCGACCCUCCUAAAUCCGCCGUCACGCCCGUCAAAGACGAGUACGAAUUUGACGAGGACGACGAGGAGGAGCGUGUCCCCCCUGUGGACGACAAACACCUCUUGAAAAAAGACUUCCGCAAGGACUCGGUUACCAAGACCAACAGCUUCAUCUCUAUACCCAAGAUGGAGGUUAAAACCUAUUCCAAAAGCAACUCGCUCACACCAAAGAAAACUGUCAGGCGGAUCAUCUCUGACAGUAACAGUUCAGACGAGGAUGAUAGGACGUUGUGUUUCACACCAGCGCCCACGCCACGGCAACAAGCCCAGCAAACAAACACCAAGACGAGAGACUCUGGCAGCAUGAGCUCUAAGCAGCAAAAAGACAAGAAUAAAGUCAAAAAGAAGCGAAAGAAGGAGAGUAAAAAUGUCAGUAAAGAAGUCCGGUUUUGCAAAGUCAAUGAUAAAUUCUGCACAUCUGACUCCGACUGUGGAGAUAUGGAGAGUGAGGAUGAUAAGGGCUCAAACAGUAUAAAGGACUCUUCUGCAACAAACCUGAAAGACUCCCCGGGCUUCAACGCUUCCUCCUCCUCGUCCCACGGAAACCUAAACUCCCAGAAACAAGCGCCGUCGUUAGCGGAACAACAUCCAAAGCAGUGGCGGACGGACGGCUGGAAGACUGUGUCGUCUCCUACGUGGUCGGACGUCAGCUCUCUUUCGGAUUCGGUCAGAACGAGACUGUCCAGUGAGUCUGACUACUCCUCUGCCGAUUCCAGUGUUGAAUCAGUAAAGCAAGUUAAGAGGAAAGCGCAGGACAACAAGAAGAAGAAUAACAACGUACACAGUAACACUGUAGACAAGAAAAACUCUGAUCUCUAUAAAAACUCCAAUGCGGAGAGCGCCGUCUCCAAAGCGGACGGAGACGGCAAAGUGCUGAAAAAGCAUAAAGUGAAGCACAAGCACAAAAAUAAGGAAAAGGACAAAGCCCCCAGUCUCGUUCUUAAUCAGGAUAUGAAUGAGAAAUUUGUCAAGAGCUAUUCUUUUGACUUUGACGAUUCAAGGCAAAAGUCCCUGAUUGUCGAGUCGGAAUCACCAGCCGAGAGCAAAGUGAAAUUAUCGAAACACGAAAAAGACCAUUCGAAAAAGGAGGACAGGCUUUUGAAAAUCAAGUCCGAGGAUAAGGAUUGGUUGUCUGGAAAAGACGUGCACAGAACGACAAAAGAGGAGAAAAACAAGAAAGCGAAGGACACAACCAAGGACAAGACAAAUAAAGAGGAGAGGGAGAAGCCGGUGAAAUCUGACAAGGAUAGAAAUGUCAAAGAGAAGGAGAAGCCCAAGGACGACAAACAGAAGGCCCACAAAGAGGAGAAAAAGAAGAAGUCUAAGGAGAAGUCCUCCUCAAAGGCUGACAGGAAAAGUGAGCAGAAAGAGGAAAAACAUCUAAAGGUAGAAAAGGAGAAAAACACAAAGGAAGAGGAGAAGAAAUGUAAAAAAGACAAGGCGCCGAAGGAGGAGCCUGAGUACGAGGGCUAUGACGUCAACAACCGCUUCCUCAACUUGGAGGACACGAAGCUCAGUGCCUCGGACGACCAUCACGACAGGUGGGGAUCGGAGAUGUCCUCCGACUCCUCCCUCUACGGAGACGACAGCUGGGAUGCUCCUGUCAAAGAGUACAAGGAAUACAAAGCCAACAACGCCGUUAAACUAAUCGUGGAGACCGUGAAGGAGGAGACGAGGAGGAAAGACAGCAAAGUCAAGGACAAGAAAUCGGAUCACAACGAGAAAAGAUCAGAGAAAGAGGCCACCUCGAAGAAGAAAGACAAAGACUCCUCAGAAAAGGCAAAUGAAAAGAAAAAAGACUGGUCGGAAAAACAGAAGUUGAACUCCAGCCACUCAGUUGACAAAGAAAAGAAGCGGAAGGAGUCAAUAGACACAGUCAAAGACAAGAAAGACAAGGAUCCACUGGAUAACAGCAGAGAGCGCAAAGACUCGUAUGAGUUUGUUAAAGUGGGAAAAGACAUCAAAACCAAGCAGGAAUCUCUAAGAGAUGACUACGGCAAUGACACCUUCUUCAAAGAAAUCGAUGCUGUCAGCAAAUCGUGUGAUAUCAGAGAGAGAAACCAUCCUGGAAAGGAGAAGGAAAAGAAGGGCGAGGGCACGGAGAAGCGAGAAAAGACGAAGGCCGACAAGCACAAAGAGAAAACGAAAGACAGAGGAGCCGAUCAGGAGAAGGACAAAAGCGAGAAAGGCUUUGCAGAAAAAACUGUCAAGGAAAAAGAUGCAGACCGGGGCACCAAAGACAAGAAGGAUGGAGCCAAAGAUAAACAUAAAGACUCUCAUUGCAAGGACAAAGAUCGAAAGAUGUCGUCAGAACAGACAAAGGACAAGAAAGAAAAGGCCUCUCAAGACAAACACGCCGAUAGAGAGAAGGAUUUCCUGGAGACAAAGAAAGAGGAAAGAAAACCAGAGAAAAUUCGUGAGAAAACCUGGUACAAGAUCGCCGAUAUAUUCACUGAUGAGAGCGAUGACGAUGAGGACAGCUACAACGGUGGUGUCAUCGUGUCCGACUCCAUCAGGAAAGACUCCACGCCCGAUCACGAUGAGCUGGAUCACUUCCCCUCGGAAAAAAUUAGAAAAUCUUCCGCAGAUGCUAAACACAACACGGAAAAGGCAAAAGAUAAAGAACACAAAGAAAAGAAGAAAGACAAGGCCACUUUCGACACAGGCAAAGAGAGGAAGUGCUCGCUGGAGAAACACAACAAAGACAAGAAGGAUUCGGCCGACGUGAAACAUAAGGAGAGAAAAGACCGGAUGUCGGUGGAGUCCAACCAAGAAAAGAAAAACAAGCAGAAGCUGCUGGACAAAAGGGACACGAGUGAGGAAAAGACAAAGAGCAAAUAUAAAGACAAGCAGGAUCAUUCUAAGGAAAGGAAGCCCUCCAAAGGUAGCGGUGAGAACGAGAAGUCCCUCCUAGAAAAGCUGGAGGAGGAGGCAAUGAAUGAUUACAAAGAUGACUCCAAUGACAAGAACAGUGAAAUCUCCUCAGACAGUUUCACCGAUAGGGGUCACGAUCCAGUCCUCACCAGUUACUACGACUCCAUCAGCCUGACCGACAUGUCCGACGACCGGAGAGACUCCCUGUCAAUAUCUACGCCGCAGGACAAGUUCAGGGAGAAGGAAAGGCACCGACAUUCCUCGUCGUCUUCGUCCAAGAAAAGCCACGACAAGGAGAAGGAAAAGGUCAAGAAGGACAAAGGAGACAAACGCGACAAAGCCGAGGAGAUCAGAGAGCCUUACAGCCGAAGAGAGAGCUUACCUUUUGAGAAGGAGACCAUGCCUCUAGAAGCGGACCCGUACACGUUCCCAUACGGAGGAAAGGGAGACGGGGAAGACGACUUUGAUAAAACUUUGGAAUUUGAAAAGGAGAUGUCCAAAAAGGACAAAGACAAAGCAGCAGGCGUCAUUAGUGACCGGAUGAAGGACAAAAAGAAAAAGGAGAAACACAAGGAGAAAAUGAAGGAGGAGAAGAAUAAAUAUGUGGAUGGGUUUGGGUCAUUCAAGCACUCCAAAGAGGAUGUGAAGUCGGGGUUAAAAGAUAGUCCACAGGUCACUGUUCUAAAGGACCGAUCGAAGGAAGAUAGUCCUAAAUUUGAAAUGAAAAAGGACAGGAAUCGUGACGCCUUGGACAAAGACAACAGAAUUGACCACAGUAAAUCUAAGACUAAGGAUGAAAAUGAAAAGCUCACUCAGUCCAAAGAGACUGUGCGAAAAGAUAAUCGUCCACGUGAAAAACUGCUGGUGGACGGUGAUUAUCAGAUGACGAGCUUCGGUCACAUGUUGAGCCUUAAAGACCAAGAGAUCGAAGAGCGGCACAAGAGACAUAAAGAGAGAAUGAAGCAGAUGGAGAAGUUGAGGCCCAAGUCGGGGGACCCUAAACUCAAAGACAAAACCAAGUCUACGGAGGAAGUGCGGAAAAACCGCAACGAACUAUCAUCCAAGAAGUCCAACAGUCUGGAGUCGGGUCUUAAAGAGAAAAAGCUGAAGGACGUGGGACUCCCGACCCAAAUGAUGUCUCCAGGCAGGAAGUUCCAACCUAACGACAGCCAGAAUUCAAAGGAUUGGCUGGCCGGACACCAGAUGAAAGAAAACCUUCCUGCAUCUCCCAGGCCAGAUCAAAACAGGCCAACCGGUGUCCCCACUCCGACGUCCGUCAUCUCUUGCCCCAGCUUUGAGGAAGUCAUGCAGACUCCACGCACCCCAUCUUGUAGUCCAGAGGAUUACCAGGACAUCAUGCUGGAUGGGCUGGACUGCCAGAACUCAUCGGCUAUGACCAUGUCAAUGAACGCCUGCUCUCCAUCCUUCUUUGAAAGCAGGUACUCAAACUCACAGAGUUUCCAGGAGGGCACCUGUCCGACCCCUGCGAAGAACCUCCAGCUGCCUCUGGUCAGCCGCUCGACUUCCUCUGACGUCCGCAGGCCUCUGGAGGACGAGUUCAAGGCCGAAGCUGACAAGUUUCUCCGACAGCAGAGUGACCCGGUGGCUGAGUUUGAUCCGUCGUCAUCCCAGCCUCUAGAGGAUAAGUCUGCAACUGCGGAUAGACUGGAGUGCCUGUCGUCUCCUUAUUUCUCCCCAAUAAGGAUGUUGUCUCCUCGGCGUGAGCCCGCCCAUCCAACGCCAGAUGUGAUGGCGCCAACCCUUGCGGGUGCAGAGGGCAAUGAACACCUUCCUGAAAGUGUGUACAACAGCUUCUUGCCCAAACCCUCUACGCCGGCUCACAGGUCGGACCCCCAGGAGCCCUGCUUUGAUAUUGCUGCACCACCGACUCCGGCUCCUGCCGCUUUGCCGCCCCUUGACAUUGACGACAUCUCUGAGCCUCACCACAGUGAGCCUAAUCUGGUCCUCUCAGAUCUUCCCUCAGUCACGGAAGAACAGGAGCAGGAGGAGGAGGAUGAAGAAGAAGAGGAAGACGAUGUGGAAGAAGGCGACAUGGACGAGAGGGUGGACGAAGACCACUGCGCGGUGGAGGAGUCGGAACAAACGAGGGAGCCGUGUUCCUUCUCCACUCAAGUUGAAGUGGACUCUCUGAGGAAGAGCUGGCCUGCCGAGUCUCCGGACCGACAGGAGGCAGAAGUCCACCAGCUGUCGCCUCCACACCCUGCUCCCAACCACGGGGAGAACUGUUUUGACCACAGCACGGGUUGGAACCCUGAAAUGGACCUCAAGUCUCCCCAGGGGACAUACGGUGAGAUAGAGGCUGCCGUCUCCAAAAUUACCAGCCCUUACUCCCAGUCUGACGGCGACAUUCAGCCUUUACCUGGACACCCAUCUGUCACUCCCCCUUACGCUACUUGGAACAGGUGGCACAAAGAGGACCCAGUGGACUUUGAUGAGCAGAAGGAGGCCGUGGCGGACAUCCCCUCACCAGAGAGGCCUGACCCUGCCAUGGAUGAGGAACCCAACUAUUUGAACACGUCUUCAUCCUCCAAUAGGCUGGAGUCUUUCUUCCAGGAAUGCAACAAGCCUAGCGAGGACAGUCAGAUGGAGACGGAGUCAACAUGUGUGCAGCCCGACAGCAGACAGAACACACACAGCUUCAGUGAAACCACUGAAAGUCACAUGACUCCAGCUGUGGCUCCUGAGCCCGUGGUUCCCUGGGCGGACCCGUUCUCAGCCGACCCAGACGAACUGGAUGAUCUCGGAUCGUUCUCCUUGCCCGACCUACCGCUACCAGACAAGGCAGAAGAAGCAGAGUCUCGAGACCCCGAAGUGGCUGACCACACCAAAACUGUGACGGCACACAUUAGACACACCAUCACGGACAGAGAAGACCCAGACAUAAUAGAGGUUGACCUGCCGAGCCUGCCUAAGACUUCGUGCCCGGCUGGAGACCUGGGUGUAGUGGACUCCGCUGGACAAGACUUGGUCGUACCGUCACCGCAUGUGACCUUCCAGCAAGAAUUAGACCCAGAGCCACAAAGUGUUCCCGUCAACAGCUCUCUGUCUCUGACGCCGCAACAGGGCAGCAUUUUGGAAAGGAAAUUACCUUAUGGAGGACCAGAAGAGAUGGACCUUAGUUUGCUGUAUUCAUCUGCAAAACCAGAUCCCGGCCAACAGCCUCACAUCCAGAUCCAGUCCAUCACGGAGUCGUUGCAGUUGCCCCUGGAUCCAGCGUCCGUUGCUGCUGUCAAGUCAGAAGCGAGGCAGGAGGACAUACCUGACGCUGUAGCCGAACCUGUGUCAUGCAGUCCUCUUCCUCAGCUCCCGGUGGCGGUCACCCUUUCCACCGCCGUGGAACUCCCAGAGACUCAGGAGCCCAUGACAAAGGUAACGUCAGUAACCCUGACCACUGUGUCCACCACGGUAGAUAUCCCCAAAAAGGGGGACGAAAUCCCUCGAAGGAUAACCCGCAACCGCGCCAAGAACAAUCCCUCCGUCGCCGCCGUCCCUCCUACCUCCACCAUAAUAACCUCGACUGCCGCUGCCACCCAUGUGACGACCAGUCUAGCGGUGACGAUUAACCCGAUCCCCACAAGGACCCCGACUCCCACCUCAACGGGCUCUCUCUCUGCUCUGAAGAAAGACAAAGACUCUGGACUUAACGUCUCCUCCGCUGCCUCCAUUGCAACCCCAGCAGUGUCCAGCGUACCUACUCCUGUGACGACGCCUGCAUCCGGGGUUCUCAGUAAAGCGACGAAAGGCUGUCCCCUACUGGUGGACGAGGAGGAAUCUCAGACGCAGCACCCGCGGAAGAGGAAAUUUCCUCGUUCAGCCGGGCAGCAAGUCCAGGUCCAGCUCGUGAACACGGCGAUGCAGCAGACCAGGGAAAUGAUACAACAGACUCUGGCCGUUGUCGUCAACGCCAUCAAGCUGGAUGACAUCGAGCCCUACCACAGCGACCGGUCCAACCCUUACUUCGAGUACCUGCAGAUCAGGAAGAAGAUAGAGGAGAAGAGAAAGAUUCUGUGCUACAUAACCCCUCAGGCCCCACAGUGUUACGCUGAAUAUGUGACCUACACCGGCUCCUACCUGCUGGAUGGCAAGCCUCUCAGCAAGCUCCACAUCCCUGUGAUUGCCCCACCUCCAUCACUGUCAGAACCUCUCAAGGAGCUCUUCAGGCAACAAGAGGCGGUGAGAGGGAAGCUCAGGUUGCAGCACAGCAUAGAAAGGGAGAAGCUGAUAGUUUCAUGCGAACAGGAGGUUUUAAGGGUCCACUGCAGAGCAGCCAGGACGAUAGCCAAUCAGGCCGUGCCGUUCAGCGCCUGCACCAUGCUGCUGGACUCUGAAGUGUACAACAUGCCAUCGGAGAGCCAGGGCGAUGAGAACAAAUCUGUGAGAGAUCGGUUCAACGCACGGCAGUUCAUUUCCUGGAUCCAGGAUGUGGACGACAAAUACGACCGCAUGAAGACUUGUUUGUUGAUGCGGCAGCAGCACGAGGCAGCGGCUCUCAACGCGGUGCAGAGGAUGGAGUGGCAGUUAAAGGUUCAGGAGCUGGACCCGGCGGGGCACAAGUCCCUGUGUGUCAACGAAGUGCCGUCCUUCUACGUGCCAAUGGUCGACGUCAACGACGACUUUGUCCUGCUGCCGGCGUGACACACCCGCGCUCACAGUUCGAGAGCAAACUUCGUCUGAAAAAAACAAAGAGACUUCGUUGGACACAACGAAUGGAAAGGGCUAGCAAGUUUAAAAAAAAAAGGACUUUAGACACGGAAAAAUUAUAUUCUAUAGAAAAAGAUGAAAAAACUUGCUCUGGAUUCCCUUCCGUGAAGAAGGAAACACGUUUUUACUGAGGAACAAAAGAAAAAAAAACACAACUUGCACUUUCAUCCUCAAAAAAAAAAAGUUUUUAUGUUUUUGUUUGAGCAGAGUGUGAGAAGCAUUUUUUUUUUUUUGCUUUGAUGCUCUGACAUCAGGACACGACUCCUCAGAGCUCAGCUGUGGUGAGACGAGAGGGUGGGUUGGUGGGUGGGUGGGUGGGUGUGGGGGGACAGAGAUAUAUUUUCUGUGAUCGUUUUUUGGUCCCUGCUUCAGUACCCACCACCGACGCUGGGAGGACGCAUCGGGAGGGGGGUUAAAAACAAAAAACAAAAACAAGAGCUCUCCCGACAGCGUGGUGCCUGUCCCGAGGGAGGACUGAGGAGGAGGAGCCUCCCCCCCCCCGGUUGACGCAGAGGUCUGGGUUGGCCAGGAGAUCCAGACGGGCGCUGACCCAGAGAGUCAGCGGAGCUGUGGUGCAUUCACACGGAUCUGCAAACGGAUCCUAGAACCAGCCAGCUGACGGUCUCUGGGGCCUCUGAGGACGCCCCCCUCUCCGUUCGCGCCGGCCGAGCUAAACGGUAGCGCAACGACGGAGGCCGCCGCAGCGGAGGAGUUAACGAUGUGUGUGCACGUCAGGGCCCAGUGUCUGAGAGGGAAGAGACUGACCCGUGCAGCCUCUCAGCCUGGCGAAAAAAAACACAAGAGGACGGGGGCUUGCGGAUCGCCGAGGACAGACCCGGAGUGUUCCUCGGGGGCCGAUGAUGCUCCAUCCGACACACAAACACAUCAGACUGCCGUGGACUGCAAAAAACAAAACAAAACAAAACAAACAAACAAACAAACAAACAAACAAAAAAAACAAGUAACACCACGGGACGUCAACCAGAGGAAACAAACAAAACGAAUGUUGAGAUUCAAAGAGACUAUUGAGAAACAAAAAAAGAAAAAAAAAAAAAAAAAAAUUGUCAGUUUUGGCAGGAGGAAAGAAAUAUUGUUUUUGUCUAUUUCUUUACUUGGGCAUUUCAUUGUUUCUGAGGAAAGUGACUUGAAACACUACAGAGCCAAUAUUAGUUUAAUGGAAAAAAAACAAAACAAAAGAAAACUGAAAAAAAGUUGUAUUCCGUAAAUUAUGUACAGUUUUUAUAUUCGUUAACCAAUGUAUUCUUGCUGCCUUCUAGAUAAUUUAUUUUGCCACACAUUACUGCACAGUUGUAAAUAACCUAUGUACUGUAAUAUCACUCAGUUAAGUGUAAAGAAAAAAAAAACAUAAAAGAAAUAAAAAUUAUCUUUUAAUGUACAGUUCACUUUUGGGCAGCACUUUCCCCACCUCACCACCCCCCCACCACCCUCCCCCUGACUCCCCCUGACUCCCCCCCUCUCUCAUAUCCAUGGGCCAAAACGUGUACACGAUUCUGUCAGUAUUUGAAAGAUUUUCCCGUGCACGGUUGCUAUGAUCCCGUCUGUAGGUUCAAGUCCAGGGUUUAGGUGAAGGUGAAACACAAACCUGGGCACGAGUCACCACAACCACAACAAAUAGCUGACAGAGAAACACUUUCUGGAUUCCCGCGGGCCAACCACCACGUAUACAGCCCCUCAGAUGUAGCAGAAUAGUUGAUUUAUUUAAAGAAUAGACAGAGGAUUAUUAUUAUUAUUAUUAUUAUUGUUAUUAUUAUUAUUCAUUGCUUUACUACACGAUUAUAUCUGAAAAAUUUUGAACCAAGAAAAUGCCUUUUUCAGUGAAAUAAAAAAAAAGAAGUAGUAGUACUCAUCGUUGGGCAAAAAGUCACAUAGAUCUAUGUAUCUGGGUGGGACGGAAGUUAGAUGUCAUUCACAAGCAAAAACCAUCAUUUCAAUUGAUUUACCUUUUUUUUUUUUUUUUUUUUUUAAAUUUGCAAAAAUUGGAAUUUCUUCUUUUAAUCAAAGUGUGUCCUGUUCUCCCGGUCACUCAAACGUCUCAUUCCAAUGUUUAUCCACUGGGUGGCGCCAAAGUGUCAGAAACAUCAAGAAUCUUUUAAUACAUAUUUCAUUUCAUUUCAGUCCAUGUUAAUUAAAAUAAAAAUAAAAAAAUACAGGAUAGUCGCUCAAUAAUAAAUAUUUAGCUUAAAUCAUUUAUUUUUUUUUUUUUUUUAAAUCAGUGUUUAAUCUACAAGGGGCUCAGCUAGCGUUGUCAGGGAUUUUUAGUCGUUAAUUCGUUCACAUUGUUCAGAUGCGUCAUCCUUAUUGUGUCAGGCCCAUUAUAUCUCCAGACUUAAAUCUUCUCAGAACAAACCAAAAAAUAAAAAAAUAAAAAUAAAAGAAAGGAAAAAGCGAACAGGACAUUAACACAACCGGGUAACGGAGGGGAAAGAAAAGAAAAAUAGCAUCAUGCUGAUUUUCUUUUACUAUUUUUUAAAUUAUCAUUUUUUUCCCCAAUUUAAGAUUGUGGAUUUUUUUUUUUUUUUUUAAUUUUUAAAAACAGACUGGGUUUUUGAUAAAGCUUUUUCUCCCGACCUGCCACAUCGGCCGCUGCCUGUCUGUGCGUGUGCGAACGCUGCUCCCGUAUCCCUGAAGGCAAUAUUGAGUCAUUUUACACACUGUCAGUCGGCAUAGCUGUGUAUGGUAUGUCUAGUCAAGUGCAAUGGUUGUUGCUAUUACACUGUGCAGACAAAGGUGGCUAGGUGUUUUGGAUAUUUUUCACAGAUAACACACACACAUACACAAACAAAAACAUCCUUGUUGGUUUGGACAUAAAAUAACCAGUUAAAUUUGUUCUUAAAAUCCCUGUUUUACUUUUUUUUAAUUGUUGGUUUUAUUACAGAUUUUGGGGGGGAAAACGUGAGGGGGUGUGAGGUUUUUGGUUCACAGAAUCCUUGUGUGUGUGUGUGUGUGUUUGUUUUUUUGUGUGUGUGUGUGUGUGUGUGUUUUGUUGUGUUUAUCUUUUUUGUGUUCCUGUAUAAAACCAUUAACACCAGUGGCAUGUCAAUCACGUUGCUUAUCGAGCAGAAUGUAAACCGUUACUAUGCCCUGACCGACGCCCUCUCACUAUUGUUUACAAAGACAUGCAGAGCGUUUCCGUUUUAACGUGUCACCCCCACCCUCACCCGCGCCCGCAUUCUUUCACCACACCCCGUUUUCUUUCGUUUAUUCGGGGACGGUUUAACCCCCUGCCUUUGUUUCUACUUCUGUAACCAGUCGUUAGUUUGAAACCGCAAAGGCUUGAAAUGGUGAUGCUCCCAGAUCAGGUGAUUUGUGACUUUUUUAUUUUUUUUUUUAUUACAGAGCAAUAGACUUAACACGUCGGUUCUCCACAGCGCGAAUAUCCAGCCAACAAAUUAAAAAAAAAACACCCAGACCCGGAAAAAAAAAAAAAAAACCCACACAUCAGUCCUCAAGAUGCACAGUAGAGCACUUGGCCGUGGUGAUACAGAUGCUAGCCUGACACCACCUCAGUCAGCAACAUAUUACCUCUACUCUCCUCACAUUCACUCAUAAUGUCUGUUUUAGAUUUUAGUUGUUGUUUUUUUUUUUUUUUUUCUUACUGGACAUAAAUAUACUUCUUUCUUUUUUCCUCUCAUUAUAUAAUAGAAUCACGAUUUCAAGCCUUUUUUUCCAGUUUUCUUUUGUUUUUAGUUUUUUAUUAUUAUUAUUAUUAUUAAUAAAACCCAGACUGUAGCUGUUUCUUUUGUUCCUUAUUUCUUAGAAUGGAAAAUGACUAAUAAAACGCAUGGAGAACUACUCUUUAAAUGGUGAGAAAUAACCUAUUUAUUAUCUGUUUUUUUGUUUAUUUUUAUUUUUUUCUGACACCUGUGGUAUUUUUUUUUUUUUUUUUUUGAGUUUUGAAGUUGGUCUCCGCUGUGUAAAUUUUCCUCCUUGUAAUGCGUGAAAGAGACAUACUGUACAUAGCUCUGUAAAUAAAACCUCCCAGGACGUUUUGCACCCUCCUCUUUGUACUAGUCUGAAAAAUUUGCGUAGAAUGUGGGGUUCUAACAGCAACGGGGGCCGUGUGUGCGCUCGCUGCAGGUGAUUAUGAUGUAACAAUGUAACUUUUUUUAUUUGUACAAUGUAGUUUAUUUGUGUACAUAUUGUUGGAGCAGCUAAAGGGAGGGAGGGGAGGGGAGGGAGGGCAUAUGACGGGGGACGGGGUUGUUGAUGCUAUCGUCAGUGCUGUAACAAAAAUCCAGUACUUUCACCUCUAGCUGUUGUUGAUUUCCUGCAAGAAAAAAAAAAAGAGAUAAAAAAAGACAUAAAAAAAAUACAAAUAAAAACGACAGAAAGUGGAAUUGAGUAUGGACGAAGGGGGGGAGGGAGGGAGGGAGGGAGGGUGAGGGAGGUGGGGGGGGAGACUAAAACUGAAAAAGUAAAAAUUCUAAAUUGUUAUUUUCUACAAUUGCAUGUACAGAGAGCGCGAGAACUGCUGUUGUUCCCAGAGAUUAUGUUCGUUAAUAAAACUUUGAAAUAUUAA